UGUGGUCUGCAAUUGCAGAUACUGCAGCCACAGUAAGGGAGGGGCUGGAUGCAGGGGUGAGGUGUUUGCGUCUGUGAAAGGAUCCAUUCGAAACCUAAGUUCUCCUUCUAACCUUUCUCCUGAAAACUGGAAAGCCAAGCUGGUAAACGAACCCCCCUGGAGUUGUUAGAAGUCCCAAGGAUUUAUUAAGUUGGUGUGAGAAAGUGGGACUGUAUAACAGGCGGGCACUUCACUCUGGAGGAGUGGCAGCAAGAGCCAGAUAGUUGGAAACAAAGAAGAAGGAGGGUUUGGUGACUCAGUGUGGAUUGACGGAUCACUCAGAACAAGCCUGUGUGAAAGCCUUUGUUAACGGUCAGGCUGAACAUCUCAUGUAAAAUAGUGGUCAUUGCCUGACAAGCUUUCCAUCUGAUACGGACCUGCUCCCAUUAAUUUAGAUUGAGAGAGAGAGAGAGAGACAGGGUGAAAAAAAGUCUGUGGGACGUAUUGGAAAACUCUUCAGGGUGACAGUCUCCGCACACAACAGGGUAAAAUACACCUUCCAAACCCACCACCUCUACCAUCUAGAAGGACAAGGGCAGCAGACACAUGGGAAUAGCACCACCUGCAAGUUUCCUCCAAGUCACUCACCAUCCGUACCUGGAAAUAUAUCUCCGUUCCUUCACUGUCGCUGGGUCAAUCUCCUGGAGCUCCCUCUCUAACAGCACUGAUCAUCAAUUCCUGGGAGAAGUGAGAUGGUGAAAGACAGCUCUGGGGACCAGCAGGAAGAAAUCAAGAUGAAAACCAGGAACUCAGCUGAGGAUGCACAGCAAGAUGGCACACAAGAGGCACCAGCUGGAGGUCACGCAAGUGGAACAGCAGGAGCAACCCAGGGGAAAUUCUCCAACCUCAUUGCCUACAUCCUCCUAGGACUCUUUGUUCUGCUGACUAUAAUAUUCGUUGUCGGAUUGCUGAAAUUUAAACAGAUCUCCCGUGAAAUUAAAGAUCUCAGGGAUGACGUCUCGAUGCAACUUUUAGGAAUGAAGAUGGAGGUGAGCAAGGAAAUAACGAAUGGACACCAGCAGAUACUGAAUGGACAGGUACAGAUGAACAGCAAAAUUGCCCAGCUAUCUGCAGAUGAGGAACAAACACGCAUGGAACUGAGACAGGGUCAGUCACUGAUGGCCAAUGACAUUGUGAAACUGGCUGACCAAACCCGUCGAUCGCACAAUGACUUUAAGAAUCAGCUGGCGGACAUGGAGGACAACUGCCGACCUCAGUUUGAGUGCCCCAAUCAAUGGAUUCUAUUCGGUCAGAAAUGUUACCAUGUUUCAGGAACCGUCGAAGAUUGGCCAUCGUCACAGAAAUUUUGUUCAUCUAAGAUGUCCAACCUGGCUGUGAUUGACAGCGCCGAGGAGCAGGGAUUUUUGAAACAAAAAAUUAAAUCUACGCAGCACUGGAUUGGCCUCAAUGAGUCAAAUAUUGCAGGCAAUUGGUCUUGGGUGGAUGGUACGGAUUAUGCUUCCACACUAAAGUUUUGGGGUACUGGUGAACCCAGAGACCUUGGAUCUUAUGAAGCCUGCGCAGGUAUGAGGAGUGAUGGGAAAUGGAGCGUUUUUUCAUGUAGUCAAAGACUUAACUUCAUUUGUGAACGACCGGUAACCUGUCAUUUUAAGUAACGCCUCACUCGGUCAAAGGUGAAGACCCAAAUCUUCUCUUUAUUCAGAAUCUAUUUUUUGAUCCCAGAUAUGAGCUGCAUUACAACCCCUUGGGCUAAUCCCGCACCCCCCCCCCCACCCCCCCAGAUACAACUGCUCUCUUGAAGUUAGAUUGCUCAAUGCACCAAAAAGAAUCAACAUAUCUAACCCAGUUAAGGAGCAGCAGAAAAAAAUAAUUUGACAGAAUUUAAUUCUGCAUAGAAAGCUUGAUUCAACCAGAUUUUUUUUAUCUUUAUUCUGCUUAAUGUGUAGCUGCAGUAAUGCCUCUGAUGACUUAAACAGUAUUUGUGAGAACUUUCUGCUAAAUGCCCAUUUUACCAAUGCAUGUAGAGUCUGCUGCAGAUGGGUUCAUGCUAUCAAAUAUGAGGUUUUUUAUUUGAUUCAUUCAUGGGAUGUGGCUAUCACUGGCUAGGCCAGCAUUUAUUGCCCUUGUUGAGAGGGCUUUGAAGAGUCAACCACAUUGACUCUUGGGUCUGGAGUCACAUGUAGGCCAGAUUUCCUUACCUAAGGGACAUUAGUGAACCAGGUGGAGUUUUUUUUUAACAACAAUUGGCAAUGGUUUCAUGGUCAUCAUCAGACUUUUAAUUCCAGAUUUUUUAUUGAAAUCAAAUUUUACCAUUUGGGAUUUGAACCCUUGUUCCCCUGAGUCUCUGGAAAAUAAGUCCAGUCACAAUACCGCUGCACCACCGCCUCCCCUUGACUGCCAACCACUUAAUGAUGCAUCAGCCUAUACGGUCACAGACUCCUCCCUCAAGUUAUAUUGUUUACUGUUCUGCUGUGGAAUACAGAAAAUGAUGGGGCCCGGAGCUUUCAAAUGACACAGACUGGCACAUAUUCCCUGUGGUUCUGAGCAUUGUAAAAGUUUCUCUUUAUUGGGUGGGUUGUUUUGUCCUCUGGAGAUCUGAUGUGUACCGGCUCUGUGGGUGAAUGACAGCCACAGUGAAAUGAAAUGUCAGCAGCCAGCGAAGCAAAUUCUCUCUGACAUCUCCGCGUGUUUACUUUUUGUUCUGAAUCCUGCGUAAUCUCUCUGCGAUUAAUGUGUGAAAGAAUGUAACCCUUUGCUUAUUUGGAUUGUUUACACGGUGGAUCAGAGCACUUCAAUAAAGUAAAAUACAAUUUUUUUCA